AUGAGUGCGGCUCAGGGCACGCGGGGGUCGGUGCGCGCGGUGGAGUCUCCGCCGGCCCCGCCCUUGCGGCCCCUGUUCAGACACGUGCGGUACGAGAGCCUUGUGGCGGGUCUGAGCGGCGGGGUCGUCUCCACCCUGGUGCUGCAUCCGCUGGACCUGGUGAAGAUCCGCUUCGCAGUGAGUGACGGGUUGGAAUUGAGACCAAAGUACAAUGGGAUUCUACACUGUUUGACCACUGUCUGGAAGCACGAAGGACUACGUGGCCUGUACAAAGGGGUAACUCCAAACAUGUGGGGUGCAGGUGCCUCCUGGGGACUCUACUUUUUCUUCUAUAAUGCCAUCAAAGCCUACAAGGAGGAAAGAAAGCUGGAAGGUCUUGGUGCAACCGAACACCUAGUGUCAGCUGCUGAGGCCGGAGUCAUGACCCUCUGUAUCACAAACCCAAUAUGGGUAACGAAGACGCGGCUUGUGUUACAAUAUGAUGCUGGCAUUGAUUCAUCAAAGCGCCAGUACAAAGGAAUGUUUGAUGCUCUUAUAAAGAUAUACAAGCUCGAGGGUAUACGUGGCUUAUACAAGGGAUUUGUGCCUGGUCUGUUUGGAACUUCACAUGGAGCACUUCAGUUCAUGGCAUAUGAAAAUCUGAAAUUGAGAUACAAUAAGCAUAGAAACAGACUAUUGGAUACAAAAUUGACUGCUUUAGAAUACAUUACCAUGGCAGCACUAUCCAAAAUAUUUGCUGUAUCAGCAACAUACCCAUAUCAAGUAGUGCGAGCUCGUCUUCAGGAUCAACACAAUCGGUACUCUGGAAUGGUUGAUGUUAUUCGCAGGACAUGGAGGAAAGAAGGAGUUCAUGGAUUUUACAAAGGAAUCGUCCCCAAUGUGAUCAGAGUGACUCCUGCCUGCUGCAUUACCUUUGUAGUGUAUGAAAAUGUAUCGAAUUUUUUGUUUAAUUUUAGAAAAGAGAAUAAUUAAAUUAAAGCUAGAAGUUUGCAUCCA